CUGCCAGUGAGGACGUCACCCAGUGUAACUGGGAGUGAGUGAGAGAAACCAGCAAACAGGCAGAGCCCAACUUCUAACCCCAAACAAAGCCAAGCACACUCAGGGACACAUCUUCCACGGCUUCUAUUCCGCAUUCCCUGUGAUCAUCAAAGAUCCCAACAAUUAAAAGCAGAGCUAAACAUUCUACUGGAUGAUUUUUUUCCCCUCUCCCGCAUCAUUUCAAAGGAUUUUGGAUGAGAGUGAAGCUUUAUCAGAUCUGGACGUUUUACUUGAAUUAAGGUGGAUUGGUUUUGGGGAAUGCUGCUUGCAGAGAGGCAUUGAUUUGGAAGAGACCUGCUCAUGGAUGCCUGGAAAUCUGUGAUUGGGACUGCCUCAAAUCACUUUGUAGUUUAUCCAUAGUGAAAUGAGUGGCCUGACCACAGUAUCAUCUACUUAAGGGGAGCGUCCAUCAUUGUCCUCUGUCUUCUGAAGGCAAUUCUUGAUACCUACAUGCCUAUCCCACCCUGGAAAAGGAAAAAGAAAUCAUGAUUCACUACUAGUUCCAUGGGUCAUUAACACACAACGGCCUCAUUGGGCGCUUUUUCCUAUCGGUCAAGUAUCUCAAUAUAGUCAGGUAUCCAUCUUUUUAUUGUCGGAAAACGGAAUAUCGCCUUAGAAGUUAUGCUUAUCAGUAGAGCUGCACUUGAACCACAUCUCCGCGGCCAGCCACUGCUGGGUUGAGUUUAAUGUUGUUUAAUUCUGCCUAAUGUUAUGCCGAUGAUGGACCGUAGGAAACAAUUUGAUAUGGAGCUGCGUGAGUCCAACAUGAAAGCAGGUAAAAAUGACAAUGAAGAAGAUAAAUCAUCGUCCUUCAGCUGUGUCAUCUGUGGCAAAAGUUUCCCCUUCCAGAGCUCUCUUUCACAGCAUAUGCGAAAACACACUGGUGAAAAGCCAUACAAAUGCCCUUACUGCGACCACAGGGCGGCCCAGAAAGGAAACUUAAAGAUACACCUACGAACCCAUAGAACUGGCACUAUUAGUCAUGUACAAGAUGUGGAAAUGACAGACUCUCAUGUCGGAGAACUAGGUGUGUCUGAAGGUAUGGGUGGCUGCGCAAGCCCCACUAAAAGCACAUCUGCAUGCAACAAAAUACUUAAUGGCACAGCACAAACAGAAGAACAGGAAGCAAUGGAUGAUGACAAGCCCGGCAGUUAUCCAUGCAACUUCUGCAAAAAUAAAUAUGAUCGAAAGAAGGAGCUUGACCAGCACCUUCUGCAGGUGCACAAACCAUACAAAUGCAGAUUUUGUAACUACAUGACAUUACGAGAGGAGACCCUGUUGAACCACAUUGAGAAAGAUCAUAUCACAACUGCAAUCCCCUUAAACAGGGAAGGUUUUCCUGAGAACGGCAAAAAUGAAAUAGGCGGAGGAGAGUUCCCUUGUGAAGUCUGUGGACAGGCCUUUGGUCAGGCAUGGUUUCUGAAGGCCCACAUGAAAAAGCACCGGGGGUCAUUUGAUCAUGGUUGUCACAUUUGUGGCAGAAGAUUUAAAGAGCCAUGGUUCCUAAAAAACCACAUGAAAUCCCAUGGUCCAAAGACUGGGAGUAAAAAUAAACCGAAAUCAGACACCGACCUGGUAGCCACUAUUAAUGAUGUUGUACAGGAGGAGGCCAUGAUGACUGGCUUAUGUCUCUAUGAAGUUUGCACAAAAUGUGGCAAUUUGUUUACAAACCUGGAAAGCCUAAAUGCACACAACCUUGUGCACUGCAAAAUUGAAGAAAACACUGGUGAAGGCAAAGCAGAUCAGGCAAGUGAAGGCUUAUGUAAUGGAAUUUCAGAAUCGCCUGAAGCCAAGCAGUUUUUCCUAGACUACCUUAAACUAAAACCUUUGGAGGACUCUAGUAAAACAUCAAGUGCACAGCAAGGUAAAAGAGUGCCUGAGCUUGACCCAGUCAACAGUUAUCAAGCUUGGCAGCUAGCUACCAAAGGCAAAGUAGCAGAGGCUUCAGAAUAUGUUAAAUACUUGGGAUGGGAUGAGACUUUGGCGGAUGCAGAUGUAACUUAUGACAGAGAGAAAGGUGAAUAUGUUUUUGUUGGUCAGGAGAAGAGAAAACGUGAGUCAGAAGGACACAAUACCAGCAAUCCAAAGAAACGCAAUAACUCAAGUAGUAACCGCACAGAGAAAGGUGUCAGUGCACAACCUGGAGAAAACCAUAUAGAAGGAACAAAUGAUUUGGAAUUCAGACCACCAUCACGGCAGAGCCGAAGGUCCUCUCAGAAUAAGUCCACUGAAUGCUUUGAAUGUGGAAAGAUUUUCCGUACAUACCAUCAGAUGGUGCUUCAUUCUAGGGUUCACAGGAAGGAGCGAAGGAGCCUCAGUGAGAACGGCUCCAUUUCUCAUCGUGAUAGAUAUGGCUCAAAUAGCGAUGGUGACUCCGCUAGCAGACCUAGCAGCCCAGACUCCACUUCUGCCCCAGAGGAUUCACUUGCAUCAGGCAUGGGAGAUGAUGGUGCUGAUGAUGACAGUUUUGAAGAAGCUGCUGCUCUGUCACCAGGAGUGAAACAAUAUCGUCAUGACUAUUCAACAGAGGAUAUGCCCAUGCAAAUCUCUACGACAAACAGUCAUCAUAACUUUAUUUCUGAUAACACCAGCAAACUAGGAUGGCCAAUGCAAUCCUCUUUAGCAUCCAGCAAACAUCCAGACUUUAGCUAUGUCAAAUCUGAAUUUGCUUCCAGCUUAAAAAUACCAGCAUUCAACUACAAAAAAGAGCCUUGUGGUUUUGUAAACAAUACUACCCAAGAUGGUGGCAGCACUUCAUUUUCCGCAAUGGAACAAAGUUCAGAAAAUGCUGUUGACAUGAAAAAGGUUUUAUCUGCGGAAAAGAACCCACCCAAUGGAGUGACAUUAGACCUUCUGAAGAAGCAUGUGGAGGCAGAAAAAGGUGCUAGUGGAGAAGACUUUGUUCCAUUAAAUCUUAGUCAAAAAUCAACCAGGGCAGAAAGCUGUAGUAAAGAAUCUAUUUCUGCGCUGCAUGCUUCGUUGGUUGCUCAUCAGUGUCCCUUCUGUAGUCAUAAGACUUACUAUCCAGAGGUUUUAUGGAUGCAUAAAAGAAUUUGGCACAAAGUGAGUUGCAACUCUAUGGCACCUCAAUGGGUUCAACAAAAUGGAUUUAAAAAUUUGAAAAACAAUGUACUUUUCUUAGCUAGGAGUGGGCGUACAGGUCCCCCACCUGCACUUGGCGGCAAAGAUUGUCCGCCUUUGCCUAUUGGCAAAUUUGCUCAUACUCAGUUGCCUGCUCGUUCUUCAACUUCCAAAGGAAACUCAAAUUUAGGAAAUGUUUCUAAGACAAUUAGUGGAUCUCAGGGGCGCGAUAAUGCCCGUGGCUUAGGUGGGUCUAAAACUACAAGUUUUGACAUGCAGCGGCAACCUAAGUUGACACAGACACCAGAACCAUAUAGUCCCACGGUUAAACAACCUCUACCAAGUCCAAAUAUGAAGCCUAAAUAUGAAACAAGCCCAAAAUUCCUUCAGGCCGGAAAUCUCAACAGAAAUCCAUCACCUUCUCAGUCAUCUGUAACUAGGCAAAUUCUUCAGCCAUCUAGUAGUAAGCAAAUGGAAAAGUAUCUCAUGCCCCAGGGAGGACCUAGUUUUGCACCUCUAAAUAGUAAACUGUCUGUCUCUGACACCGUGAAAACCAAGUACACCCUGCAGCAACCACCUUUCCCGUUUCACAUGGUAGAACCCCAAGCAAAACAUGAGAGUUCUCCAGCACCUCAGCGAGAAUCUCAGGGCAAAAUAAUGAAUGAACAAGGGGCAUUGUCCAACAUUAGUGCAGGAAUCAAAACAAGCCCUGUUUCACAAACACCACCAGGUUCCACAGGAGGCCAUCUACCUUUCACAUCAGUUAAACAAGAACCAGGACCUGAGGGCAAUGAAAAACAUCUGGACAUUUUAAAUAUCUUCAAGACCUACAUUCCAAAGGACCUUGCUACUUUAUACCAAAGUUGGGGCGCUAAUGCAAAUCAUAUGGAAAAUGCAGGAAUGCUUAGGACACAGGCACGACAAGGAGAUUAUGUUUGCAUUGAAUGUGGAAAAUGUUUUACACAGCCGAGCCACUUAAGAACCCAUAUGAGGUCCCACACAGUGGUAUUUGAGUCUAAUGGACUCCGAGGUACUGAAGUUCACACCACCUCCGCAGAUGCCCCAAAACAAGUGAGAGACCAUUCCAGUGCAGAUAUUGCCCAUACAGUGCCUCUCAAAAAGGGAACUUAAAGACACAUGUCCAAUGUGUGCACCGGGUACCGUUUGACAACAGUGAGUACCCUGACAAACAGAUUCUUAGGCCUCCAAAUGAUGAUUCCAACAUGGAGGAUCAGCUAGAAAACAUGCCUUCAAACCAUCAAGUGGCUGGAGCUGUCAUGUUAAAGUGAAGAAAUGCUAAAGUGAAAUGCUAUUCAGUUCCGAGGAUGAUUAAUUUGUUUGCUAAGAUAAAGUGAAAAACAUCCAGAAGGUAUAAGACGGUUCUUAAUGAAGCAUAUUCUCAUCACAGAUAUGGUGAGGUAGGGUGCAAAAUACAAAAACUGGACUUAUUCAAAUUUGAAGCACUGAAAUCUUUUGCUGCUCCAAUGGACUACAUUUCAAAAGCAAGAAGGAGCGAUAUCAAAUGGAGGAUUGGCUUGGGACCCGCCUGCCACCGGAUGUUCACAGUGACAUUGCAUCGUAUAAUACAUUACUGGUCAAAUUAUACUUUUUACUAUGAAGGCAGUGUUUCACACGGUGCCGUAUUUAAUGAGGGACACAGACCUGAACAAGGAAACACUUGCAUUAUAUGAACACUAAAAAAAAAAAAGAAAGAAAAAGGAAAAAAAAAAAAGCUUCUCCAUUUUACUCUCAGGACUGUUUUAUAAUAGGGCUACUUUCUUAAACCUGCUCACACAAAAAUUAUGCAAACUCCCUUCCCCCUUUGUAAUAACCACACACCCGCUGCAGAUUUUAGUACUGUACUAGAAAGGAAUAGUCGUUGCCAUGCAUGGAUUAGCAAAUACAUCUACUGCAUGGUCCUGGUUCCUUAUUGCAAGAUCAUCCCUUCUCAGAGCCGGUACCUUGAGAGGGAUUGACAUUUCCUUUUAAUACUUAUGCUUUAUGGCAUGUUUGGAAAUCUUUUUAUGAACCUGGUUUUGAUGGCAUUCAGGUUGUGGGGGUGGGGCGGGGAUACAAUAUAUGAAAAAUUUUAUAUAUAUAUCUAUAUAUAAAGAAAAAAAAAAGCUUUAUAUACCUCUUCUGCAGCAUUUGGUGGUGAGGUGGUGGUUAUUAAAAUAUAGAUGAUAAAUCAAGCAGUGUACUUAAUUUACCCCAUUUAAUAUAGCAGGCAGCAUCCAGUUGUUCUGCACAAGUGGGGACUACAUAUGUAUUCCAUAGAUAUAAAUAUUUUUUUGUAUUGCUGUGGCACUGUGUGUGAUGGCAAUGCCGCUAAUAUUUUUGAAUUUUGCACAUAUGAUUUUAUGCAUUAUCAAAAAGUUACUGCUGCCUUGAAAGAAAAAAAAAAUGUUCUGUGAAAAAAAAAAAUCGCAAAAGCUUUACUAGAGUUUUUUUUUUUUUAUUGUAACCUUUUGUAAAGGCAGGAAAUGGGUAUAAGAAAUCGUAGCAUGCUAAAUAUAUUUUUCAAAAGAAGCAAUAAUUUUACAUGUACAGAUAUGAAUUUAACAUUUUAAUACCGUUUACUUUGUAUUAUAAUAGUUUUUGGUUUUUGUAGUAUGUGGGCUUCUGAUAUGGAUUUGUUUAAACAUAAAGAAAUGUUUUAACAAUGUAUUAUUAUUUUUUAAUGUAGGUUUUUUUUGUUUAAUUGAUUCUGGGAUCCUAUCAUUGAAUUUAUGAUCAGUACUUGGAAACUUGUAUAACAGAUCCACCCCUCCAUCUUCGGUUAUUUUGUACCACAUCUCCUCCUCUCUGCUUUUAUUUACCCCGUUGGCGCAAACGUCCCAUUUUAGACAGGAUGGUUGCGUGUACCAAUCCCAUUAGCAGUGCUAAGUGCGCCCGUGUAUAUCUGAAGAAAAAAACUCCGCAGUAGAGACAAAAAGUUGUAGGCGCCGUGUAGGAGAAGUGAUCCUGGUGCUUAAUUUGAAAAGUGGUCUUAUCACCAUAGCAACAAAGGAGAGCCUGUCAACAGGACAUUCAAUUGCUGCAGGUGAUAACACAGCUUUGGUUUGACCCAGAAUCACGUUUUAAACCUAACCCUCUGUGUGUUUUUUUUUUUGUUUAAGGGAUGUUUUAUGGAUACAUUCCAUUUUGUACACGGUCUUUCAAAUAUUCCCUGGUCUCUUAAUAUAUUGUUUCAUAUUUCACAAAAUCAAAUGGUUAGUUCAAAAAAAAAAAAAAACUCCGAUAUUUUGGUAGUUAUGGAAAAGGGCCAUGAACCCCUCCCCCCCCUUUGACGUUAUGGAAACCUAUUGUUGUUAAAUAAAGUAGCCUGCAAUGAUCUUAUAUGGGAAUUAAUUGGACGACCUCUUUCAUUUGGCACAGUCUUGAAGAACAUCUGACAAAUGGCAGGAAACAAAGCUGUCACUGGUGUUACGUAGGUAUUAAUCAACAGAGUUUACAAUGUGGAUUACUCUGCAUGGAGAACAACAGUAUGGGAAAUCACUGCAGGUAAUUACAUACUGUGUAGACAUAAGAUAUUCACGUAAUUGAGCAAGCAUUAGAAAAUUCCAAGAAGCUGAACAGUCUUUUAAUAUCACACUUUUUUUUAGCCGUGUAGUUCUAUUUUGUGCCCCCACGUAUUGUGUUGAUUUGUUAAUGUAGAAAUCGUCUAGGCUAUAGUAUUUAAAUGAUUUUUGUUUGUUAUUUAUUUAGUCAACCUGUUUUGAUCAUCUUUUUUUUAUUAUUAAAUAAAUUACUUUUAGCCUGACACACUCCUGUUAACCAUCUAUGGACUGUUACAUACAUUUCCUACUACCUCUGCCAAUCUGCUGUUUCUCACUCUAUAACAGGUUAUUUUUUACUGCGCUCUAAUGUAAUUUACACAAAUAAAGGGUUUGAUUGUUUACA